AUGAAACCAAUGACCUCAUUGGUGGCUUUUAAAUUCACCUUAAAUCUGCAUAAUGAGCAUGUCAGAUCAGGACAGUGAUACAGAGCAAGAUGUACUCGAUGACACUGUCGUUAAUAAGUAUAAAAUGUCUGCUGAGGUUACGAAUGCGGUUUUACUCGAGUUGAUUGGUCUUUGUGUUGAUGGUGCUAACAUCGUUGAGUUGUGUGAAUUAGGUGAUAGAAAAAUCUGUGACAAAGUAUCUCAGUUAUUUAAAAAAGAGAAAGAGAUGAGAAAAGGUAUUGCCUUUCCCACUGCAAUCAGCGUGAACAAUAUGAUACGUCACUACUCUCCUAUUGAAAAUGAAGGAUUUGGUCCUAUAGAAAUAAAAACUGGAGACCUUGUCAAAAUUGAUGUUGGUGCUCAUAUAGAUGGUUAUGCUGCUAUAGUCGGACACACUUUUGUUGUUGGUGCAAGUCAGGACAACAAAAUCACUGGCCGAAAAGCUGAUGUUAUACUGGCCGCACAUGCAGCAGCAGAAGCUGUCAUUCGGCUAUUAAAACCGGGAGUGGAGAAUCUAAAGGCUUCAGAAAUUGUUAGUAAAACUGUUACAGAUUUUAACUGUCACGCCGUGGAAGGCAUGCAAUGCCAUCAAAUGAAAAAGCUUGUAUAUGACGCAGAAAAAAACAUUGUUUUCAGUCCUACGGAAGAGCAGAAAAAGACAGUUGAAAAGUGUACUUUCGACAUAAAUGACGUAUGGAAUGUGGAUAUUAUUGUAUCGACGGGUGAUGGCAGACCACGGGAACAUAGAGCGCGGACAACUUUGUUUAAGAAAAAUGAAACUUUAUACCAAUUAAAAAUGAAAGCCGCACGUCAAUUAUAUAGUGAAAUUACAAACAGAUUCCUGGCAUACCCAUUUAGUUUGCGUGCCUUUGAUGAUGUCAAAAGAGCUCGACUAGGUAUUUGUGAGUGUAUAAAACAUGGGGUCAUUGAACCACUUCCAGUUGUUUGUGAAAAAGAUGACGAAUUUGUUGCUCAAUUCAGGUUUACCGUUUUACUCAUGCCUAAUGGUCCAAUGAAAGUCACUGGGUUGACUUUCGAUCCUUCUCUGUACAAAUCCGAACACAAAGUCAAAGACCCAGAAAUCAAGGUUGCACUUGUGUUCGAAUGCUUUCAUAUGACAAACUUGGGAUUCACAGUGAUAACCAUUACUUGGAUUUAAGUAGAGGGAUUCUGGCUGUCCAUAUCUGGUUACUCAUAAACACUUAUUGAACGCGAAUGGUACGUCAUGACUUGAAGCGGUGCAUAUAAGACGAUAUUUGGUAAAUAAGUCAAAUCAACAAAUUUAUAGAAAAACUGUAAAUUAGGAAAUUAUUUUUAAUUAAAUUCUAAUAAUUUUCUUGUAACGAUUUUGUAU